AUGACGGCAGUUUUAGUCGGCAAGAAUGAGCUGAGUGUUUCAGAAAGGCAUCUCAGAGGAAAGCAGGAGCGAUGGUUGCCAGACGACACACAAGUCGCAUCGACCACCGUCAAACUGGCUGCAUCCUCGUUCGUCGGCGCUACCGACCUCUGGCAACGCGCUCAUCUCUGGUUCAGCGAACAGGACUCUUCCGUUCUUGCCGCAAUCACUCUUACUGCCAUCGCCCUAAUCAUGUCGUGGUCCUCUCGCUUCGGCUCCUGGUCUGGACGCUUCUCGCCCUUUGGACGCUCUGGGACCUCGGCGCAGGUCAAAGACUCGGACUACAGCUACAUCACCCAAGACGACCUCAACAAUGCCGAACAGAACGACGCCGCGCCCGCUCCUUCUGGCCCGCCUAGAGACACCGAUGUCCUGGUCCUCAAGAGCAAGCGCAUUAGCUACCCUAUCCAUUUCCCUGCCUACUCUAUCGAAAAGGGUGAACUGAAGAUCAGAUCGGUCAGAGAGCAAGCCGCCAAGAAGACCGGCGCAGAUGCCCGACACAUCAAGCUCUUUUUCAGAGGCAAGAACAUGAAGGAGGAUGGCAAUUCGUGUCGCGCCGAAGGUCUCAGACACAACAGCGAGAUCAUGUGCGUCGUUGGAGAUGCCGUCCCCGAGUCCAUGAGCUCGAGUGACUCUGAANGGGGAGGAAGCGUCUGCAGACGGCACAGAUGCGCCAAAGAGAAAACGCAACCGCAACAAGAACAAGAAGAAGAAGGGCAAGAAGUCGGCGAUACCCCAGACCGACACAUCGAGAACAGAAUCACCACGCCCCCGCCUGCUCUGGCUACCCCCAUGGACAAGCUGAAUGCCGUCAACUCGACUCUCCAGACUCUAUUACCGCAGUGUGUCCAGUUCCUGGCCAGCCCACCAGCCGACCAGGCAAAGAAAGAUUUCGAGCACAAGCGUCUUAGUGAGACUGUACUUGCACAGGUCCUUCUCAAGCUGGAUGCUGUCGACACUGAGGGUGAUGCAGAAGCAAGAGCGAGAAGAAAGGAGCUUGUCAGGGAGGCUCAGAACGUGCUCAACAGCCUGGACGAAAAGAUCAAGUCAUGA